AUGAACAAUUCAUAUCCUGAAAAGCUGAUUGUCGUCCCUCUUGAAUCCAAAGUACUACUGCCAUCUGUUAUUUUACGUCUGCUUAUUCGAGGCAAGCAAGCAACAGAUCUGACCAAAAGCUACUUCCGCUCCGCCAAUACAAAAUCGCAUGAUAUUUACAUUGCAUGUAUUCCUAUGAAGCCCUGCCAUGUCAAUGCUGAAGAAACGGCUGUGAUGAGCUCGCAAGCAUCUCAAGUGCCUAUACCUCAACAAGACGAGUCUGGCCUAAGGUCAGGUACCAACCUCUUUGGUGUCUUUGUUGAAGGUGUUUCAAGGUUCAGGGUUCAUCAGUAUACCCAAAAUACACCGUCUAUGGCGUUUCCCGGCUGCUGGAUGGCCCAUGUCAAUUACUUUCCAAAGCCUGUGGAUGUAUCGGAUGGCAAUGCAUUGCAAUUCAAGGAGUUAAGUCAAAUUUUUGUAUUGAGAAUGAAGGAAUUGCAGUUACCAGACACAUUACUGGCACAGCUGACAAAAGUAGUCAAUACAAUGCCACCGUCUGCCUUGGCAGAUUUAUUGGUUUGCUUGAUAGAGACUACAUUUGAUGAACGUUUACUCAUGUUGUCCACUGUGUCGUUGGACGAUCGACUCCAAAAGGCUUGUGAAUUCUUGACAAGACAGUUACAUGUAUUGCACAUCUCUGAUAAUCUGGGUGCUGGUAUUGAUGGCAAACUGAGCAAAAAACAAAGAGAGUUUUAUUUACGACAGCAGUUGGAGGCGAUCCAAGAUGAAUUGGGUGAUGAUCAUAAAAAGGGUUUACCGAGUGGACCUCAAGAAGAAGAUGAAUUAUCAGAUCUUCACAAGAGGUUGGUGCAGGCAAAUCUACCGAAUGAGGUUGUCACGAUUGCUCAACGAGAACUCAAGCGUAUCAGACGACUCCAACCAUCUUCAUCUGAAUGGGCUGUGUCACGAAACUAUCUGGAAUGGCUGGCUGAUUUGCCUUGGAGCAUGAGUGGAUCGCAACAGCUCGAUAUUCAGCGUUCCAAACAGCAAUUGGAUCAAGACCAUUUCGGUUUGAAGCAUGUUAAGAAGCGGAUCAUAGAGUACUUGUCCGUCAUCAAGUUAAAGGGCGAUUUAAAGGCGCCUAUUCUUUGUCUUGUGGGCCCUCCUGGCAUCGGUAAAACAUCCUUGGGUAGAUCAAUAGCGCAAUCCAUGUCUCGAGAAUUCCAUCGCAUUUCUUUGGGUGGUGUCAGAGAUGAAGCAGACAUGCGUGGUCAUCGUCGAACCUAUGUUGGCGCCAUGCCGGGUUUGAUUAUUCAAGGCUUACGCAAAUGCAAGGUCAACAACCCUCUGAUGCUCUUGGAUGAAAUUGACAAGCUUGCUCACUCGUCUCAUUACGGCGAUCCUGCUGCUGCUCUAUUGGAGGUGUUGGACCCUGAGCAAAAUUGCACUUUUUCAGAUCACUACUUGAACGUGCCCUUUGACUUAUCAAACAUCUUGUUUAUUGCCACUGCAAACUCUCUUGAUACCAUUCCUGAACCUCUCUUGGACCGUAUGGAAGUCAUUGAACUCCAUGGCUAUACCUUUGAAGAAAAGUUGCAUAUUGCAAAGUCGCAUUUGAUACCCAAACAAGUGAAGGCACAUGGUUUGCAAAUCGAGCAAGUGAAACUUGCAGAUGAAGUCAUCUUAUAUAUCGCUGAAAACUUUACACGCGAAAGUGGUGUCCGUAAUCUGGAGAGAACACUGGCCUCUGUUGUGCGGGCGAAAUGUGUGGAAAUAGCUGAUCUGCAAGAGAAUCAAAGUAAACUGCAGUAUAACCCGUCUGUCAGUGUCAAGGAUGUGGAGGCGAUUCUGGGCAACAUCAAGUUUGAAAAGGAAGUAUCGGAACGAGAGUCGUAUCCAGGUGUUGUUACGGGUUUGGCGUAUUCUGGUAGUGGUAAUGGUGGUAUAUUGUUUGUUGAAGCAUCCAAAAUGCCUGGCGAUGGGCAUCUCCAUUUGACAGGCUCAUUGGGAAAUGUGAUUCAAGAAUCUGCUAAGCUUGCCUUAUCAUGGGUGAAAUCGCAUGCCUAUGCACUGAAAUUGACCUCUCAUCCAAAGGAGAAAAUGGUGCAAGAUGAUGAUAUUCAUAUUCAUUUCCCUAGUGGAUCUAUCCCCAAAGACGGGCCAAGUGCAGGUGUUACGUUGGUGUGCGCCCUUGUCUCACUUUACUCUGGUAAUUGUGUGCCUAAUACCACAGCCAUGACAGGCGAAAUAUCCUUACGAGGUCAAGUUUUGCCUGUGGGCGGCAUCAAGGAAAAGGUCAUCUCUGCUCAUCGUGCUGGUAUCCGUAAAAUUGUGAUUCCUACCAGAAAUCAAAAAGAUGUUGAAACGGAUGUCCCUAAAACUGUUCGAGAUGAAAUCCAAUUCUGCUAUGCAAAGAAUAUUUGGCAAGUGCUGGAAGCUGCUUUCGAUAAUCAUCAAUUAUACCAGUUGCAAGAAAGUCAUUUAUAG